AUGUGGAUAUUGCCGCUACUCGGAUAUGUUGGCGUGGUGCUGGGUUUUGCGUUCUUGACGCUGGCGAUCGCUUCGGGUUUGUACUAUCUUUCUGAGCUGGUCGAGGAACACACGGUGUUGGCGAAGAAGCUGUUGACAAGAUUGAUUAUCGGUGUUGUUGCCAUACAGAUACUUCUUCUGCUUGUCGAUGGUUUUCCGCUUGGGCUCAGCGCGUUGAGCGUUGUGUCGCAUGUCAUCUACGCGCAGAACCUGAGGAGGUUCCCAAUCGUUAAGCUGAGCGACCCGCUGUUCUUGGUUUCCUGCGGUCUUGUAAUCCUGAACCACUACGCCUGGUUCCGUCACUUCAGCGCCCCGCCACCCCGCGACUCCUACUCCUACCGCGACCCAUAUGCUCCCGCUAUGCCUACCUUUACCGAGAUCGCAUCGUACUUCGGGCUGUGCGUAUGGCUCGUGCCAUUUGCGUUGUUUGUUUCGCUUUCUGCAGGAGAGAACGUAUUGCCGUCCAUGGGCUCGGAGUACGCGACAGGCGAGGGAAGCAGUUUUAUAAGUCCGGGAAAGACACCUGCGGCUGGUUUUGGAAGCGGAGCAGCCGUGACGGGUACAGAGGGGCGACGAAGACAGCGGAGCGGGACAAAUGCGGGGAUGGCGAAGAAGGCCAUCAACGGAGUGAGGGAUUGGGUUGGCGAGACUGGUGAGGUUAUGGGGCUGUGGAAAGGAGAAAGGACGAGGCCUACGUUUUGA